AUGGUUGUCAAAGCUAUCACCUCCCUCGCUGAAUUCAGGACCCUGGUCAACAGCGGAAAGCCCAUCCUUGUCGACUUCUGGGCUACCUGGUGCGGUCCUUGCAAGGCCGUCUCUCCUAUCUUUGAGCGAUUCUCCAAUGAUGCUCCCAACGGCAUCGAAUUCUACAAGGUCGAUGUUGACGCGCAGGCCGACAUUGCUCAGGAAGUAGGCGUCCGUGCUAUGCCUACAUUUUAUCUUUUCAAGGGUGGCAACAAGGAGGGCGAAGUAGUUGGCGCCCGCCCACAGGAACUUGAAGCUCUUGUCAAGAAGGGCGCGUCUCUGAUCUAA